UUCUCUCCCCAAAGGCACCGCCGCGUCGCCAACGACAGCUUGUCGUCCGACGACGCCGUGAAUCAUCUCAGCUCCCUCGUUUCCAGGCUGCAGGGGAUUAAACGAAAGUUGGAAGAGGGGAGUAAGACGGAGCACUUGCAGGCACAGAGGUGCCGGGCUCGGCUUGAUCAUUUAGAAUCGGCAGAUGUGGAGAGUCUGUCUGAAUGGAGUAACACACGUGUGAACCGGAUCCUUGUGGACUACAUGUUGCGGAUGUCUUAUUAUGAUACGGCAGUGAAGCUGGCGGAAAGCAGAAAUAUUCAGGAUUUUGUUGAUAUUGAUAUAUUUCAAGAAGCAAAAAAGGUUAUUGAAGCCCUUCAGAAUAUGGAGGUAGGCCCUGCCCUAGCCUGGUGUGCCGAGAACAAGUCACGAUUAAAGAAAUCCAAGAGUAAAUUCGAGUUUCAGCUGAGACUUCAAGAGUUUAUAGAGUUGGUACGAGCUGAAAAUAACUUGCGAGCAAUCACAUAUGCAAAGUACCUAGCACCAUGGGGAACUACUCAUAUGAAAGAAUUCCAGCGGGUCUUUGUAACAGUAGCUUAUAAGAGUACUACAGAAUGUGCUACAUACAAGGUUUUAUUUGAGCCAAAGCAAUGGGAUUACCUGGUUGACCAAUUCAAACAGGAAUUCUGCAAGUUAUAUGGCAUGACGCUUGAGCCUUUGCUGAAUAUUUAUCUGCAAGCAGGCCUGUCUGCUCUUAAAACCCCAUACUGUUAUGAUGAUGAUUGCACCAAGGAGGAUCCGCUAUCACAGGAGGGUUUCCGGAAACUAGCCAUGCCCUUACCUUAUUCUAAGCAGCGUCAUUCAAAGCUUGUUUGCUACAUAACUAAGGAACUAAUGGACACAGAGAACCCACCGCAAGUCUUGCCCAACGGCUAUGUCUACAGCACUAAGGCUCUUGAAGAAAUGGCGAGGAAGAAUGAUGGUAAGAUUACUUGUCCAAGGACAGGAUUGGUAUGCAAUUUCACAGAUCUGGUGAAGGCAUAUAUAUCAUGAAUAUGCAUAUUAUUGCCCUUUUAAAUUAUUCAAGUUCGUUAUUAAUCUGUAAUUCUGGGAUUUCUAACUGUCAAAAUAUCCUCCUCUCUGUCUCUGUUCAUAAAACCCUUUCCUGCCGGGCGUCCGGCCCAUUCCUCA